GUUGUAUCUGUUGCGGCUCUAGCCACCCUCGUCCCUUUCGCGACAGCGAGAAACUGCAAAAAAAAUCUUGACUACUGCGGAUCUACUCUACUAGAUAUUGGCAACUAUGAAGGGCAGAUAAUCAGCGCUCUCGGGUCCGCUGGCAAGCCUACAGAUAAUAAUUGGAGGAGGAAAUCGUUAUUUUACUGUGCAGGUGGUCCAAACGGAGAAAUUCAGUGGACUGAGUACUGUGGCGAAAGAUGUGUCGAUGCUGGCAAAGACAAAAGUGAUUACUGU